AUGACUUCAAAAACUAUUAUUCUUAUAGCUAUCAUUUCUACCUUAGCUUUGAGUUCAUUGCUUCUCCUUAAUAAAAAAAGCAGUCUAAAAUCUGACUAACCAACCAUUUAUGAUUGGCAAUCAUGCUUGCAGAACACUGUCCUUUCAACUUGCGAUUAAGAUGAUGAUCCUCUCGAUGUUGAUGAAUGUAAUGCUGCUGCAACCACUACUUCUAGUUGCAACAGUGAAUCUUCACCUACAGCAUCACAAUCAUGCACUCAUUGGUGGUAUUUCUAUGAAACCUCCCUAGCUAGUGAAGCUUUGCCUGAUAGCUUUUAUGAAUGUGCUUCUGAUUGCCUUAAUUUUGCUUAAUAAAACAAUUUUUAUUACCAAAAAUUCUUUUCUCCUAUGUGGAUCAACUGUGCUUUACCAACUCAUCAUAACAACUGA